UGCAAGCAGUAAUGUUGAGGUUGGCUUCAUGUUUGGCAAGGCAAAGCUUGCUCCACGUCCAGAAACGACAAUUCCAAGGCUCGAGCUGUGCGCUGCGGUCCUGGCUGUAGAGAUUGCAGACGUGAUUGUGGAUGAGAUGGACACCAUCUUUGACGCUGUGACCUUCUACUCAGACAGCAAGGUGGUCCUAGGCUACAUUCACAAUGAGUCAAGACGAUUCUACGUCUACGUGAGCAACAGGGUGCAGCGCAUCAGGAGGUCAACAAGCCCUAAACAAUGGAAGCACGUGCCCUCCAGCCAAAACCCUGCAGACCACGGCUCACGAUCAGUCCCAGCAGGCAGCCUAACUCACACCUCAUGGCUGUGCGGACCACCAUUCCUGUUGACAUCAGCUGAAGCUGAACCUGCACCUAAUUCCUUCAACUUGGUUGACCCCAGCUCUGACUCUGAUGUCCGCCCACAGAUCACUUGUCAUCUCAACAGGGUUACCAGUGGCAAACUUGACCCUAUGCGUUUUGAGAGGUUCUCCAGAUGGCGGUCACUCAAUCGAGCAGUUGCUAGGCUUGUGCAUGUUGCCCACUCCUUCAACCAGGGGAGCAGAUGCAAGGGUUGGCACAUCCAUGAAGAGCUCUGUCCCACAGAAGACUUGGAGGAAGCAAGAAACAUCAUAAUACGGGCCGUCCAACAAGAUGCCUUCGCGGAGACUUUGGAUUGCAUCCGGGGAGGAAUAGCCAUUCCUAAGCAAAGCCCACUCCUCAGCCUGUGUCCUUACCUUGACAGUGCUGGCAUUCUCAGGAUUGGAGGACGCCUGUCCAAGGCAAACCUGGAUGGAAAAGAGGUCCAGCACCAAGGGCGGCACCUCACCGAGGGUGCUGUGAGAGCGGCAGGCCUGUGGAUUAUCAGUGGGAAACGGCGUAUCAGCAGCAUCCUUCAUCACUGCGUCACAUGCAGAAGACUACGCAGGAAGAUGGAGACUCAAAAGAUGGCUGACUUACCUGCGGACCGCCUCAGCGCAGAUCCUCCCUUCUCAUUCGUGGGUGUGGACGUCUUCGGACCAUGGAUGGUCACGGCACGGCGGACCAGAGGAGGACUUGCUAGCAGCAAAAGAUGGGCUGUGCUUUUUACAUGUAUGAGCACCAGGGCCAUACAUAUAGAAGUACUGGAGUCAAUGGACUCUUCAAGCUUCAUCAACGCUCUACGGCGGUUCUUCUCAGUCAGGGGGCCAGCGAAACAGAUCAGAAGCGAUUGUGGCACCAACUUCGUUGGGGCCUGUAAGGAGUUGCAGAUGGACUCUGUGACUAGUGACAAGGAGGUGCAAGGAUAUCUCAGUGACAAUGGGUGUAAGUGGAUCUUCAACCCACCACACUCUUCCCACAUGGGGGGCAGUUGGGAGCGGCUAAUUGGACUGGCAAGGCGUAUCCUGGACUCGAUGCUGUUGAAGGCCGGCCCAGCAAAGCUCACGCAUGAGGUCCUGACAACAUUCAUGGCAGAGGUCUCAGCGAUCCUGAACGCCCGUCCACUGGUUCCUGUGUCCACAGACCCUGACUCCCCAUUCAUCCUGACACCAGCGACACUUCUCACACAGAAGGUCAGUGCCCUUCCUCCUCCCAAGGGUGAGUUUGACGAGAAGGACCUCUACGGCAAGCAGUGGAGGCAGGUCCAAAGCCUCGCCAACACCUUUUGGCAUCGAUGGAGGACAGAGUACCUCCCCACCCUGCAGAAACGCAGGAAGUGGGAAAAAGAGAAACGCAAUCUGAAAGAAGGUGACGUCAUCCUCCUGAAAAACGACCAGUUGCAGAGAAACGACUGGCCCAUGGGCGUCAUCGUCAAGACCUUCCCCGGCACCGACGGGAGGGUAAGAAAGGUGGAGAUCAAGACUGCGAGGGAUGGGUCAAGCAAGACCUUUCUGCGACCUGUCUCAGAGGUCGUCCUACUCCUCUCCCCAGAGACUGAUUAGAGUUACCGUUCUUAGCUCCCCUUGUUAAAGGUGGCAUCUUUUUAGAUACCAGGCGGGGAGUGUGCUGGACUGGGUUUAUUUUACAAGUAAUUAAUGUGCAUUUCCUACUCCUGCCACUAGGUGGUGUCUUUGCUUUGGGGUUGGGUUUAACAUUUGGGCAGUCAUAUUGAAAUUCAUGAUAGUCAUGUGACACUUACAGGAAGUCACCUGGAAUGCUUUGUUUAUCAGACCAGUUUUGGCAUGGUAGUGUGAGCAGCAGCUACAUCUUAUUCCAUCCUCUUUUGAAUUCACUUUAUAGGAGCAUCGUCUGUGAGUAUCUUUGCAGGAUAUUGUUAGUGUAAUUACUUGAUGUGUUUAUUUCUGCAUAUUUUUGUAAUUUCAGCGAAGUAAGAGCAAUUAAUGUUUGACAUGCGAUUUCAUAUAUCCAGCUAGUCACUGUAGUAACUUUCUAGGCUUGUUGUAGGCCUUAUCUUUGGGGAUGUGUAUCUGAUAUCUUAGUUAUUACAUAUUUUAUGCUGAUUGUGUAUUUUCUUUCUUUCUUCAUUUUAGUUUUACACCUUUUACAUGCUGUCAGUUUGAAUAAAUCUACCAAAUCUGACCGGUGUGUGAUGGGAGUCAUCUGUCUGUCUAAUUGAAGAAGGGGAACUCUUUAGUGA